AACUUCUGGAAGUGCUUACUGUCGAAGUGCCUAGACUUUCCUCGUCAGUCAAGUGUACAUUUUUGAGGCUCGAACGUAUACGGACGCGAUAGAAAUUUCUUGUCACAACUUAUGCACUGCUGAGAAGUUUGUGUUCUUAUAUCGUCUUGAGAAUAUGAAUGACAACUUUUGGGUGGCGGUAUCAUCUGAAAAGCCAACUGUUUGUAAGAAAAGGAAGAGACGAGUUGGGAAAAGGAUAAUUGAGUUUAUUGGUUGGGGAUCUCGACCUUUAAUUAAAUUUCUCGAAGCAAUUGGUCAGGACACGAGGGAAAAGCACACCCAACAUGACGUGGCAGCAUUCAUCGCCAAAUAUAUAAAUGAAAAAGGUCUUGCCAGCACAGAAAAGAAGAAGAAAUUCCUGUGUGACGAGAGGCUUUAUGCCCUGUUUGGGAAGAAAUCUAUGUCCCGAAUAAAAGUAUUCGAAAUGCUGGAAGAGCAUUUUGCCGAAAACCACGACGACGACUCCGAUGAUGAAAUCCUAGAUAGUUCGGAAGAAGAAGAUUUGAGGGAAAAAAACUCCUUAGGCUCGAAAAAUAAUCUUACUGGUCCGAUGAAGAAGGUUCCAAAGAUUCCUAAAAGCUGCUUUGCUGCUGUGAUUCCUGAAAAUAUCAAACUUAUUUAUUUGAAAAAAAGUUUAAUUCAGGAGCUUCUUAAGGUUCCUGAAAGCUUUGAGGCUAAAAUAGUUGGUAGCUUUGUUAGGAUGAAAUCCGACCCGAAUGACAUUUAUCAGAAGAAUCGUUUCCAGCUUCAACAAGUCACAGGUGUAGAAAAGAUAUCUGGUGGCGACGUUGUUGGUCUUGAAAUCCUUCUAAGAGUUUCAAACUUUUUUAAAGAUGUUCCUAUAUGCAUGCUAUCCGAUGAUAAUUUUUCUGAGGAAGAAAUCGAAGAUGUCCGGGACAGAAUGAAAGAUGGCUUGCUUAAACGGCUGAAUGUUAACGAGCUUGAAUUGAAGGCCCAAAUGUUGCAUGCUGAUAUAACAAAUCAUUGGAUCGCAAAAGAACUUUCCUUGUUAAAGAAUCGCAUUGAUCAUGCCAAUGAGAAAGGAUGGCGAAGAGAAUUGUUUGAGUACAUAGAGAGAAGGAAUGCGCUACAAAACCCAUCUGAACGAGAAAAAUUAUUGCUCAAGAUUCCCGUAGUGAUUGCUGAAGAACUUGAGCCUGAUUGUACAGUAAUUGCCGCUUCUGACAAAAUAAAUGAAAGUGGUUCUUCUCCUAAAUCAAUUCUUAGGGGUAGUUCAGACGUCUCCAGCACAGAUGCUUCAGGAUCUGCUGGAGACAGCUUAGGCCCAUCUCAAGCUCCUGUCCGUCAUUUGCAUACUUCGAGUAUACACAAUGCUGCCAUUGAUGACAUCAUGCCUCUUAAGAAUCCAAAUGGAUCUGGACGCAGUUUAGCCCCAUGUCAAGCUCCUGUCAGUGAUUUACAUGCUCCGAGUAUACACAAUGCCAGCAAUGAUGACAUCAUGCCUCUUAAAAUCCCAUAUGGACAUGAAGAUCCCUUUGAGAAACCCAAACAAGUGAAGGAAAUCGGCGAUCAACCAAUUGUAAAUUCUGUAGAAAAGGGUCAUCAAGAAAAGGCGAAACUACCCUCGAUUACUACUAAUGUGAUCGAUUUAAGUGAUGAUGAAUCGGACGAUGAGGCCUCAAAAGUCAAAGGUCAAAGCAGUGGUGAAUUCCUAGACGAUGUUAUAUGGUACUAUAUAGACCCGAACGGGCAAAGACGUGGGCCCUUCUCACUCGUCUCGUUGAAAAAGUGGAGCGAUUCGAAAUACUUUCAAUCGGAUUUUAAGGUUUGGAAAGAAGGCGAAACAUCGGACAAUGGAGUUUUCUUAACUGAUGUCAUCAGUAGAGUAUUCCUAAGCGCUCCUUAACAUGGACACCUUGCAAUAUAAGAAAUUAUUAUUUUUGAAAACUAUGAAAAAUGCUUUAUUUGGAUCGAAGGAUUUGAAAUUCGUAAUAAUAGAUUCAUCGAACUUGUCUGCGUAAA